GGAAAUAUGAAGAAGGCAGUGCAAGUACUUGAACAUGGUCAUGAAGCUUCAAGUGGUUUAACCCCAGGGAUGAACAAAGGGGUUUCUAUAUUGGAUUUCAUUCUAAGGAUAGUUGCAAUCAUAGGUACACUAGCAAGUGCAAUUGCUAUGGGUACUACUAAUGAAACACUUCCUUUCUUCACACAAUUCAUCCAAUUUAGGGCUCAAUACAGUGAUCUCCCCACCUUCACGUUUUUCGUGAUCGCAAACGCAAUCGUAAGUGCAUAUCUCAUUCUAUCUCUGGUCCUAUCCAUCUACCACAUUGUUAGGAGUGGCGCGAGAGGCAGUCGACUUGCGUUGGUCUUCUUUGACUCGGUAUCAUUGGCUCUACUUACUUCUGGAGCUUCUGCAGCAGCUGCUAUUGUGUAUUUAGCACAUAAAGGCAAUGUUAGAGCGAAUUGGUUUGCGAUUUGUCAACAAUUCAACUCCUUCUGUGAACGAAUCUCUGGUUCUUUGAUUGGCUCCUUCGUCGGAAUAGUUGUGUUUAUACUACUAAUCUCCAUGUCAGCCAUUGCUGUUUCUAGACGUUGAGUACUUGGAAAUCCACAAUGGGCCAUUGUGUUCUUGG